AUGCGCCUUACAAAAACCAGCGACAAUCUUCAGGGAAGGCCAGUCCUUACUGGAUUUUGCAAGAAUGUUGCCUUUCAAGAAAAUACAGUCGUCGAUUGUCAAAACGUCCUUUCUGUUGCCGUAACGCGGGAUGAAGUAGGCGUGCUUGACAUAAACUUCCAAGGUCAAUUUCAGUACUCACGGCCUGGUCUUUGGUACCGAUUUAUCCAGGUCGAGACAGACAAUCUGGAGCUUUGCGUUUCCACCAAGAACAUCAUUAUGGAUGUCGAGCUGGCAAGCAUAUAUGCUCCGUUUUGGAAUCCCUACUGGAAUUACCAAUUUCUAUCUCAACCGGAAGUACGUGCAUGGUAUGCUCGCGAUUGCCAAACAUCUCUUCCUCAACGUAUGAGGUAUGUGGAGCUCAAUGACGACAUACAAGGAAUCAUUGUUGGUUGCUGUAUAGAUGGUUUCGCGAGCCUUGAAACCUAUGACGGUAGUGGUAAACCACACAGCUCUGCUCGAGCCAUGGACAAGUUUUCAACACGCACUACAUACAUUCGUUUUCCUCUUGCCCAGGGCGAGUUCAUUACCGCUGCAUGGAUUCGUGAGCCGACCGAUAAUUCCAGCUUUCGCCAGUCAAUUCUCGUGUUGAGCACAUCCUUCCAGCGCACGUGUACCUUUGGGCAUUACGUGCCUAGGGAAGACGAGUCUCGAUACCGGUACGAACCGCUCGUUGAGCACAACACCCAUCAAAUCACGGGUUUCUGCUACAACGACAACGGGAACUCGUCUUCGCGACAAAAAUACAUUGGCGUCACUCACGACGAGAAGCCAAUCGAACCGCUACCCGAUCCGCCUUGGCAAGCCGCGUUUACGCCCCCAAAUCAUUGGAUACCGCAGUGGUUCAUGUCUUCUGCGUGUCUUGCUGGGGCAAUCCGCGUACAGACAUUUGUAAAUAACAAAGAAUCCCACAGACCGACCAUGGGGAUGUUGCUCUCGUAUGAAAGCCAUCAAGAGUCAAUAGGGCAAUAUAGAUUUGACUGGGAUGUCGAGGAUCUUGAUGUGACAGCACCGAUGUAUUUCUUUUCUGGAGAUACUAAAUUCGGUCCUUACGUAAAGGUCAUUUGCAACGGCGAGGAGAAGCCGGAUUGGAAAAAGAUUCCUCGGACGGCAAGGCUCGUGUGGUGGUUUACGGCUGUUUGUUCGGAUUUAGAUGUGCUUACAACGUAG